AUGGUUGUACGUUGUACAAAAUAUUCUUUGCUUCCCUUUCACUCACGAUUUGUGCUAAGGUGCUGGCAGCGAUCAGUGGCGGGUAAUUCGAAAACACUUGAAUUUACAUCUGUGAAACCUAAGAUUUCAACUUCGUUCGUGAAAAACAUAUUCCUUGGCAAUGGAGUGCUCAGUCAUGUAGUACCAUACCCAUUAAAUUUAUCUGAUAGUGAACGAGAAACAGUCAAUAUGAUUUUGGAAUCAACUCGGAAAUUCAUGCUGGAAGUGAAUAAUCCAGCAGAAAAUGAUGAGAAUGAAGGGAUCCCAAUGGAAAAUCUUUCAAAAUUUGCUGAAAUUGGAGCUUUUGGUUUGUUGGUGCCGGAAAAAUACAAAGGUGCUGGUUUGAGUAAUUCUCAGAUGGCACGUUUGAGCGAAGUUGUUGGUGGACUCGAUUUGUCAUUGGCUGUUGUUAUGGGUGCUCAUCAGUCCAUUGGUUACAAAGGGAUUUUGCUUUUUGGCACUGAUGAACAGAAACGUAAAUAUUUGCCAGAUCUUGCAACUGGUCGCAAGUUUGCUGCUUUUUGUUUAACAGAACCAGGCACUGGUUUGUUAUCAUCAAUUGAUUACAUGGAAUUUUUGCAGUCUUUACAAAUGCAGGCAGUGAAAAGUACUGAUGGGAAGCAUUAUAUUUUGAAUGGUAGCAAACUGUGGAUCAGCAAUGGUUUUUUUGCUGAUGUAUUUACUGUUUUUGCUAAGACAUCAGUCAAAAAUAAUGAUGGAACAUUUCAAAACAAGGUUUCGGCUUUCAUCGUCGAACGCAAAUACGGCGGUAUUACUAUCGGUUCACCCGAUAAAAAAAUGGGUUUAAGGGGUUCAAAAACUUCUGAAGUGCAUUUCGAUAAUACUGAAGUUCCUGUGCAAAAUCUAUUGGGGGCUGAAGGAGAAGGUUUCAAAAUAGCGAUGAAAAUUUUAAACAAUGGUCGUGUUGGUUUACUUGCAGCAUGUAUUGGCUCCAUGAAGUUUUGCAUAGAAAAAACAAUACAGCAUGUAUCAGACAGAGUACAGUUUGGUAAAAAAUUGAAAGAAUUUGGAAAUGUUCAAGAACAGUUAGUUGACAUGGUUCUUCGACAUUACGCUUCAGAGAGUUUACUGUAUAUGUUAUCAAGUGCAAUAGAUGAAAAUGUGGAAGAUUAUUAUUUGGAAGCAGCUGUGGGAAAAAUCUUGGCGUCUGAAAAUGCUUGGGUAGUCUGUGAUCGUGCUAUUCAGCUUCAUGGAGGCAUGGGUUACAUGAAAGAAUGUGGUUUAGAAAGAAUUAUGCGUGAUUUAAGAAUUUUUCGCAUUUUCGAAGGGGCUAAUGAUGUUUUGCGCAUAUUCAUUGCAUUAACUGGAUUACAGUAUGCCGGUAAGCAUCUGCAAUAUAAAAUGAAGAAUUUUGGAUCCAUUAUUGAAUCUUUGUUUUCGAGAAAUAAAUUUGACUUCCCUUGUCAUUCAAGUCUGAAUGAUUCUGUAGCCACUUUAAAGAAAACGGUGCAAAAAUUUGGGAGCAUUUCACGAUUACUUCUGUGGAAGCAUAAACAAGGAAUAAUUGAAAGACAAUGGGAAAUGACACGAUUGGCUGAUGCAACGAUCGAUAUUUAUAGCGUAGCAGCAGUGCUGUCAAGAUGCACUCGUGCUGCCAAUCAAGAGUCAUUUGAUUAUGAACGGAAACUAGCUCAAUUAUACACUUUAAAGGCUUGUCAACAUGCUGAAGCUCAAAUGUCUAAUAUUGUAACACAAACUGCAGAUGUGGAUCAAAUAAAAUCAAUCUCUGAUGACAUAUUUCAAAUUCGAUCACUUCCGUCAUUACAUCCUCUUGAUUACUGA